AUGGGGAAGGAACUCUUUCAAGAUAACUCUAACGGGCACCCUCCUUCGCAAGUAAAUAAGUUGUCAGAGAAUAUUGUUGAUCGAUGCCCGUUUCCAGUACAUGUGCGGAACUUCGUGAAUGGCUCGCAAUACAAAGACUCACUUUUCCACAGAGCCGUGAAGAGUCGGUCCUGUGAAUCAAAAAUUUGCAAGGGCUCCUUAAUGGUUCCGAAAGCGUUAACGCGCUUCCCAAGCGACACCUCGCCUGCCGCGAACAUUCUCACUCAGGCGAUCAGCUUCAUCAACCAGUACUACAGAUCUUUCAAAAACUCCAAAAAAGAAGAGCAUUUGGCUCGUGUUGAUGAAGUUACCCGGGAGGUAGAAACUACAGGAUCUUAUCAGCUCACCACAGAAGAGCUCACGUUUGGGGCCAAGCAGGCAUGGAGGAAUGCACCAAGGUGCAUUGGCCGGAUUCAGUGGUCCAAUUUACAGUUGUUUGAUGCACGCAAAUGCAGGACCACCAAGGAAAUGUUUGAGUACUUGUGUGCUCAUAUAAAAUUUGCCACAGAUGGUGGCAAUAUAAGAUCAACCAUUACCGUGUUCCCUCAAAGAACUGAUGGCCAACACGAUUUCCGUAUUUGGAAUAGUCAGCUCAUAAGAUACGCUGGCUAUCAAAUAGAGGAUGGCACUGUGAUAGGGGACCCUGUUAAUGUGGAAUUCACAGAGAUUUGUACCCAGCUUGGAUGGACACCAAAAUAUGGCUCCUUUGAUGUGCUGCCACUGAUUUUGGAGGCCAAUGGCGAGGAUCCUGAACUGUUUGAAAUCCCCCCUGAGCUGGUACUGGAGGUCCAAAUGGAGCAUCCUCGUUAUGAGUGGUUCAAAGAGCUGAACCUCAGAUGGUACGCCCUGCCUGCAGUGGCCAACAUGCUGCUGGAGAUUGGUGGUCUUGAGUUCACAGCGUGCCCCUUCAAUGGCUGGUAUAUGAGCACUGAGAUCGGCGUGAGGGACUUCUGUGAUCCCCAGCGCUACAACAUUGUAGAGCGAGUUGGUCGUUGUAUGGGCUUGGAGACCCACAGGCUAUCCUCACUGUGGAAGGACGAGGCUCUAGUUGCCAUCAAUAUUGCUGUCAUUCAUAGCUUCCAGAAAAACAAGGUGACCAUCAUUGACCACCACUCAGCCACUGAGUCUUUCAUGCAUCACAUGGAGAAUGAAGUGCGUCUGCGUGGGGGCUGCCCCGCUGACUGGAUCUGGCUGGUGCCACCCAUGUCUGGAUCUCUUACCCCUGUGUUCCACCAAGAGAUGAUCAGCUACAUCCUCUCCCCUUUCUUUUACUACCAGAGCGAUGCUUGGUUAACACAUGUGUGGAAAGAUGAGACAAAAGGACUGAAAAAGCAAAAAAAAGGAAUCACCUUCAAUGCCUUGGCAAAGGCUGUUGUUUUCUCCCAAACGCUCAUGCAAAGAGCCUUGAUGAAGAGAGUGCCUUGCACCAUUCUCUACGCUACUGAAACAGGAAAAUCACAGACCUUUGCCAAGAAGCUCAAAUCAGUACUCAGCUGUGCCUUGAACCCCAGGUUACUCUGCAUGGAGGACUACAAUUUUGCUGAGCUUGAGAAAGAGCAUCUGUUGCUGGUGGUAACAAGCACUUUUGGUAAUGGAGACAGUCCAGGCAAUGGAGAAAGUUUCAAGAAGCAGCUCACGGGUAUGAAAAGCCUCAGUACUAGCAUCAGGUACGGCGUCUUCGGCUUGGGCUCUCGCAUGUACCCCCAAUUCUGUGCCUUUUCCCGUACUGUGGAUGCCAAGUUGGCAGAGUUGGGAGCCAAGUGUGUGACUUCCACAGGAGAAGGAGAUGAGCUGAAUGGUCAGGAGGAGGCUUUCUCUGCAUGGGCCUGCACAGCAUUCAAGGAUGUGUGUAAGGAGUUUGGCAUUGAUGGUAAGCUCUCAGGGCAUCAGAGUCUAACUGAGAACUGGGAUCCCCUGAGACACAGAAUACAGUUUGACAGCAGUGUCUUUGAACACAUCCCAGCUCUCUCAGCACUCCACUCUAAGGCUGUAUUACCUUUGACACUGAAGUGGAGGAAGAACCUACACAGCUCUCAGUCGAGAUGUUCUGCUAUACUGGUUGAGCUGGAGACAGCUGGAGAGAAACAGGUUCUGAAUUAUGCUCCAGGGGAUCAUGUGGGUGUUUUCCCAGAGAACUCAUCCGAGUUGGUGACUGGCAUUCUGAAGCAAGUCACCAAUGCCCCACCCACCAAUCAGAGUCUCCGCCUUGAGAAUCUCCCUGCCUCCAGCUUUGGGGGUGUAGUAUGGCAGACAGAUGAGCGUAUCCCAGCAUGCACUCUGACUCAGGCUCUUACUUACCUCUUGGAUAUCAACACGCCACCUUCCCAAGGAUUUCUGCGCAAGCUCUCGCAAAUGACCAAGGAGCAAAAUGACCAACAACGCUUGCUAGCACUUGCAUUGGACUUGAAGGCUUACUCAGACUGGAAGGCAUUCCGCCGACCCAACUUCCUGGAGGUCCUGGAGGAAUUCCCCUCCCUGGAACUCUCUGCAGCUUUUCUCCUCAGCCAUCUUCCCCUGCUGAAGCCCCGCCUCUACUCCAUCAGCUCCUCCCCUGACCUCCACCCUCAUGAGCUCGACCUCACUGUGUCCGUGAUCAACUACCGAACCCAGGAUGGAAAGGGUCCCCUGCAUCAUGGUGUCUGCAGCACUUGGCUCAACACCAUGAAAGAAGGCCAAUUUGUACCCUGCUUCAUUCAUAGAUCCAAUGACUUCCACCUUCCAUCAGAUCCAUGUUCUCCUAUUCUCCUAAUUGGAGCUGGAAGUGGCAUUGCCCCCUUCCGGAGCUUCUGGCAACAGCGCUUCUAUGACAUGGAGAAGACAGGUUUGAAUAAGGGUCCAAUGAUGCUGGUGUUUGGCUGCUGCAAAGCAGACAUAGAUCACCUGUAUAAAGAAGAAACUUUUGAGAUGAAAGAAAAAGGCAUUCUGAAGAGCAUCAGUGUAGCAUACUCUUGCCAGCCUGGUCACCCCAAGGUCUAUGUUCAGCAUGUUCUGAAGAAGCAGCUCAGUAAGGAGGUGAUGCAGGUCCUCCAUCAGAGCCGUGGACACCUGUAUGUGUGUGGGGGAAUGAAUAUGGCCCAGGAUGUUGCUCACACCAUACAGGAGAUCCUGGCCAGACGGCUGGGCACAAGUCUCACCCAGGCUCAGGAAUAUCUGGAACAACUAAAGGCUGAGAAGAGGUAUCAUGAGGACAUCUUUGGAGGCCAGUGCCAUAAUGCUCUGCCACUUUGGAGUUCUGUAACUUUUCUUUCAAAGAAUAAGUAA